AUGAGCUACACCUAAGAAGAUUUAGAUCCUGAUCUUGAAGGCGCUACGGGCCGUAUUUACCGCUACGAAUAGCGCUAACAUUUGUUUAAAAACACUUGUAUCACAAGAAUAAGGAUAUUGUGUUAUGUUUUUAUCACUUCAAAGUUAAAUAUAGAAAUUUCUGUAAUAUAUUGGGUGCAGAAAUGAGAAUCUAUUAAAAAUAUCAUACCGCGAAAAGAAUAUGUGUGGAUUUGACCUUGACGGCAGACGCCACACUCACAACAACAGCAGCAGCAGCCAGCCAUCCACGUGAAGAGCAACAUGGAACUCCAAUGCCAGCAUGAACCAGCAUGAGGCUUCCCCAAAGGUAAGCAAUAUAUCAAACCAUCCUAAAAGAAACUAAACCACACUUACUAUGUUAAGAAGUUGAUAAAGAUAAACCACCAUCAACCUACCAUAUAAAAGGGUGCGUACCGAUCAAUUCAUGUUCGGUGGUAAGUGUGAUUAUUUGGCUGUAUAUAUGAGGUAUAAAGCAGGUGGCACUUAUCGGCCACAUUAUACUGUCAAAUUUCAUGUGUAUCAAGUGUUUUGUGAAGGUUUAUGAGGAAAUAAUCAAAUUCAUAUGAGCUCAGGUGGAUUCAGGGUAUGUUUUAAGGUUUUGUUGCUUUUUAACUAAGAUAUCUGCAGUUAAACCUGUUAUUACUAGGGUUGCAAUGCCCUCAGCACAAAGGUUUACAGGUAUAGUUUAACCAAACGCCUUAGUUGAUGGGAGGUUGAAGCACCUGUUAGGGAUAGAGGAGACAGGAUAUGUGCAGUUAACCUUGUUACUACUAGGGUUGCAAUGCUCUCAGCACAAAGGAGUACAAAGUACAGUUUAACCUGUACCCUGAAAUUACUAAGUUCAUUCUCCCUGCCCAUAAUCUUUAUCUCAAGAUUGUCGGGUCAUGAAGGGUGAUGGAAGAAUUAAUUAUUUCCACUGUUUUACUGUAUUCUAAUCUAUUAUACAGGCAGUUCUGAAGGAAAAAAAAGCAAGGAAGGCGAAUUGGACAGACGAUGAGACACUCCACCUACUCACUUUGAUCAAAGAAAGGAAACAUAUAAUCAAAGGAUCACUGUCCCCAUCAUUAACAGCAAAGAUGAAGCAUGAGGCCUGGGAUGAGAUAGCUUAUCUCAUAACUGCAUCUCAUCCCAUGGUUAUAAGGACCAAGGCUGAAUGCGAAAAACGCUGGUAUACAGUUCAGUCCAAAGCAAAAGAAUCAAUUGCUAAAUAUAAGAAGGGAGUUGUUGGAACAGGGGGAGGUCCUGCAACUCCUACAUUAGAUGCUAUUACGCAAUUCAUUUACGACAUCCUGGGGGAAGGCAAUGUGACCUUCCAAGGCAUCACCACAGGAUUGGACACAAACCUGGAAUCUGUCAAGGUGUUGGUAGUUGACAGAUUAGAAGAGGUUGAUUGUGCAGGAGCACCAACAACCACCAGCCUGCCAUGUCUUCCUCUGCCUGAUGCUGAAGGUCCACCACAGGACAGCUUUGUGAUGGAGGCUCUUGAAGAAGAGAGUGAGGUGCCACCCCCCAAGAAAAGGCAGAAUUCUGUGUGGGACCAGCCAGAGGAGGGAGACGAAGUAACUCUUCAAAAGAAGAAAUUAAAAUUAGAUAUAGAAUGUUUAGAGCGCAAACAUAAGGUAGAAAUGGAAUGUUUACAACAUAAACAUGAUAUAAAUGGAAUGUUUACAACGUAA